UUUGAAAGGGCCAGCAUGCUGGUGAUUCUUCUGAAUUGUGUCACGCUGGGCAUGUUUCAUCCUUGUGAAGAUAUGGGCUGUGACUCCCCACGCUGCAAAAUUCUCCAGAGUUUUGAUGACUUUAUCUUUGCCUUCUUUGCUGUGGAAAUGAUAAUCAAGAUGAUUGCACUAGGGAUUUUCGGGAAGAAGUGCUAUCUGGGCGACACAUGGAACCGUCUGGAUUUUUUCAUUGUCGUCGCUGGCAUGCUGGAAUACUCUCUGGACUUGCAGAAUGUCAGUUUCUCAGCUGUUCGGACUGUCAGGGUACUCCGACCUUUGAGAGCCAUUAACAGAGUUCCUAGUAUGCGCAUCCUGGUUACACUCCUUUUAGACACACUUCCUAUGCUGGGAAACGUUCUCCUUCUCUGUUUUUUUGUCUUCUUCAUCUUUGGCAUCGUUGGAGUCCAGCUUUGGGCAGGGCUGCUCAGGAACCGCUGCUUCGUAGAAGAAAACUUCAGUUUCCCUUACACAGUCGAGCUGGAGCCUUAUUAUCAGACUGAGAAUGAAGACGAAAGCCCUUUCAUCUGCUCUCAGCCCCGAGAGAAUGGAAUGCGCUACUGCCGUAGCAUCCCAACACGGAGGGAAGAAGGCCUGGAAUGCACGCUGAACUAUUAUUCCUACAAUGAUACCACUAACACCUCUUGUGUCAAUUGGAACCAGUACUACACAAACUGUUCUGCUGGGGAGCACAACCCUUUCAAAGGAGCAAUUAAUUUUGAUAACAUUGGCUAUGCAUGGAUUGCAAUAUUUCAGGUCAUCACCCUGGAGGGCUGGGUGGAUAUCAUGUACUUCGUCAUGGAUGCCCAUUCCUUCUACAACUUCAUCUAUUUCAUUCUCCUGAUCAUUGUGGGCUCUUUCUUUAUGAUCAAUCUCUGCCUAGUGGUCAUAGCAACUCAGUUCUCGGAGACCAAGCAACGAGAGAGCCAGCUGAUGAAGGAGCAGCGAAUCCGGUACCUCUCCAACGCAAGCACUCUGGCCAGUUUUUCAGAGCCAGGGAGCUGCUACGAUGAACUUCUGAAAUAUCUCGUCUACAUCCUCCGAAAGGCCAGCAAGCAGCUGGUGGAAGCCUACCGAACAACCGGAGUGAAAAUGGGCUUUCUCCCCAGCCCAAGCAGCAAAGCCGGUGCAGAGAGGCAGCCGUGCAAGCGUCGGCCACAGAAAAGGUCAUCAGUGCAUCAUCUCAUUCACCACCACCACCAUCACCAUCACCACUAUCACCUGGGCAAUGGAAGCCUACAGGCACCGCGUGCCAGCCCUGAAAUCAGUGAUGUGGAAACCAGCUCUCUCCACAACGGUGCCCGUAGGCUAAUGCUCCCUCCCACAGCCAAUCCUCACGCUGCUCCCAGCAACACUGAAUCCGUUCACAGCAUCUAUCAUGCAGACUGCCAUUUUGAGCCAAUUCGUUACAGAUCCUCUCUCCCUCAGCCUGGUCUCAGUUUAACUUGCCCAGAGGUGUUUCCCAGGACUCUGGUUGGCAGCAAGGUCUAUCCUACUGUGCAUCCAAGUAGCUCCCAUGAGCUGCUGAAAGAUAAAGGUUUAGGGGAGCCCACAGUGAACCCUGGGGCUAGCACCUUGAUGAACCUUAACAUCCCUCCGGGUCCAUAUAGCACCAUGCAGAAACUACUGGAGACACAGAGCACCGGGCCUUGUCAAAGUUCCUGCAAGAUUUCCAGCCAGUGUGGAAAACCAGACAGUACUUGCAACCCAGAUAGUUGUCCGUACUGUAUGAAGACCUUGGCUAAUGAACCAGAGCCGACCGACAACGAGAUGGGAGACUCUGACAGUGAUGGGGUUUAUGAAUUCACCCAAGAUGCUCACUACAGCGAUCAGAGGGACCCUCGACGAUGGAAAGCCCCAGGAAGAAAAGCUUUAAAAUGCCUAGCCUUUUGGAAUGUGGUUUGCGAGACCUUUCGAAAGAUUGUAGAUAGCAAGUACUUUGGCCGUGGAAUCAUGAUUGCUAUCCUGAUCAAUACCCUCAGCAUGGGGAUUGAGUAUCAUGAGCAGCCUGAAGAACUUACCAAUGCUCUGGAAAUCAGCAAUAUUGUCUUCACUAGUCUUUUUGCCCUAGAAAUGCUUUUGAAGCUCCUUGUGUAUGGCCCUUUUGGCUACAUCAAAAACCCGUACAAUAUCUUUGAUGGAAUCAUUGUGGUGAUCAGUGUCUGGGAGAUAGUAGGACAGCAGGGUGGAGGUCUAUCUGUUCUACGAACCUUCCGUCUUAUGCGGGUUCUGAAGCUGGUUCGUUUCAUGCCGGCUCUCCAGCGCCAGCUAGUAGUCCUUAUGAAAACAAUGGACAAUGUGGCCACCUUCUGCAUGCUGCUGAUGCUUUUCAUCUUUAUCUUCAGUAUCCUUGGGAUGCACCUCUUUGGCUGUAAGUUUGCUUCAGAGAGAGAUGGAGACACCCUUCCUGACAGAAAGAACUUUGAUUCUUUGCUCUGGGCCAUUGUUACUGUUUUCCAGAUACUGACUCAGGAAGACUGGAAUAAAGUCCUAUACAAUGGCAUGGCAUCUACCUCUUCCUGGGCUGCCCUCUACUUCAUUGCUCUUAUGACAUUUGGGAAUUACGUUCUUUUUAAUUUAUUGGUGGCCAUCUUGGUGGAAGGUUUUCAGACAGAGGAAAUCACCAAACGGGAAGCAGCGAGUAGGCAGUUAAGCUGUAUUCAGCUGCCUGUCGACUCGUCGGCGGGUGAUGCUACUAAGUCUGAUUCUGAGGGGGAGCUUUUCCCCCAUAGCUUGGAAGAAGAAUGUGGACUUAAGAAAAACUUGCCAAAUCCAACCAUGAUGGCUCUUUGUGACCACCCAGAGCUAAAGAAGAGCUUGACCCCUCCGCUCAUCAUUCACACAGCCGCUACACCAAUGCCCAUGCCUAAAAGUGCCCUGUAUGGAGAAGCAGCUCAGGGAUAUGAUUCCCGAAGAGCUAGCAGCAUCUCCAUGGAUCCUAAUGCAUAUGAUCUCAAAUCCCCGAUGAGCACCCGGAGUUCUCCACACAGUCCUUGGAGUGCAGGCAGUAGCUGGAACAGCCGCAGGUCAAGCUGGAACAGCAUUGGGAGGGCUCCCAGCCUAAAACGCCGAAAUCAAAGUGGAGAGCGCAAGUCUCUUUUGUCCGGGGAUGGAAAGCAGAGUUCAGAGGAAGGGGAAAGUUCUGAUGAAGAGAGGUCCAGCCGGACUGGGAGCAUUAAUGGCUCUAUACCUCACUGCACAGAGUCACUGGAAACCAAAGGCUCCUUUGACUUCCAAGAUACCUUGCAGGUGCCUUCUCUUUACCGGACCAGCAGCAUACACAGUAGCCAGGCCUCUGCAUCAGAGCACCAAGAUUGUAAUGGCAAAACAACUGCAAGGGUCCUGAUACAGCAGCUUCAUUUGGGAGAUCUGCCUCCUGAAUGCGAUGACCUGGAUGAUGAAGGUAACUUGAGUAAAAAGGACCGUAUGAAGGCUUGGAUAAGAGCACGGCUACCCACCUGGUGCAAAGAAAGAGAUUCCUGGUCUGUCUACAUCUUUGCUCCUCAGUCUAAAUUCCGUCUGGUAUGCAAUAAAAUCAUCAGUCAUAAGAUGUUUGAUCAUGUUGUCUUGGUUAUAAUUUUUCUGAACUGCAUCACCAUUGCCAUGGAACGUCCCAAAAUUGAGCCACACAGUGCUGAACGAAUUUUCCUGACACUCUCCAACUAUAUUUUUACAGCAAUUUUCCUGGCUGAAAUGACCAUAAAGGUGGUGGCACUCGGCUUGUGCUUUGGUGAAAAGGCAUACUUGAGAAGCAGCUGGAAUAUGCUGGAUGGGGUGCUGGUUCUCAUCUCCAUUAUUGACAUCCUGGUUUCGAUGGUUUCCGACAGUGGCACAAAAAUUCUCGGAAUGCUACGAGUCUUGAGGCUGCUGCGAACUCUCCGACCGUUAAGGGUCAUUAGCCGAGCACAGGGGCUGAAGCUAGUGGUAGAAACCCUGAUGUCAUCCCUAAAACCCAUUGGAAACAUUGUUGUGAUUUGCUGCGCUUUCUUCAUCAUUUUUGGCAUCUUGGGAGUCCAGUUAUUCAAGGGGAAGUUUUUUGUCUGCCAAGGGGAGGAUACAAGGAACAUCACCAACAAAUCAGACUGUGCAGAAGCCAGCUACAAAUGGGUCCGGCACAAGUAUAAUUUUGAUAAUCUCGGCCAGGCCUUAAUGUCUCUGUUUGUUUUGGCCUCCAAAGAUGGGUGGGUGGACAUCAUGUAUGAUGGAUUGGAUGCUGUAGGAGUGGAUCAGCAGCCAAUCAUGAAUUAUAACCCUUGGAUGCUCCUCUACUUCAUCUCCUUCCUGCUGAUAGUUGCCUUCUUUGUCCUCAAUAUGUUUGUGGGAGUUGUGGUGGAAAAUUUUCACAAGUGCCGUCAACAUCAGGAGGAAGAAGAAGCCAAGAGGCGAGAGGAGAAGAGACUCCGUCGGCUGGAGAAAAAGAGAAGGAAUCUAAUGCUGGAUGAUGUAAUAAUGGAGAGCUCAGCCAGUGCAGUGCCAGAAGCACAGUGUAAGCCCUACUACUCGGAUUACUCUCGCUUCCGACUUCUGAUUCACCAGAUGUGCACCACCCACUACCUGGAUUUGUUCAUCACAGGCGUGAUUGGGCUGAAUGUCAUUACAAUGGCAAUGGAGCACUACCAGCAACCUAAGGUUCUCGAUGAAGCCCUGAAGAUUUGUAAUUACAUCUUCACCAUCAUCUUUGUCAUGGAAUCUGUUUUCAAACUUAUCGCAUUUGGGUUUCGUCGGUUCUUCCAAGACAGAUGGAACCAAUUAGAUUUGGCAAUCGUACUGUUGUCUAUUAUGGGAAUCACACUGGAAGAGAUUGAGGUGAAUGCGUCGCUGCCCAUUAACCCCACCAUUAUCCGCAUCAUGAGAGUCCUACGGAUUGCUCGAGUAUUGAAAUUGUUGAAGAUGGCUGUCGGGAUGCGAGCUCUGCUGGACACUGUAAUGCAAGCAUUACCGCAGGUGGGAAAUCUGGGUCUUCUCUUCAUGUUGUUGUUUUUCAUAUUUGCAGCACUUGGUGUGGAGCUAUUUGGAGAUCUUGAAUGUGAUGAUACUCAUCCCUGUGAGGGCUUAGGGAGGCAUGCAACUUUUCGCAACUUUGGGAUGGCCUUUCUCACACUCUUCCGUGUAUCCACAGGAGACAAUUGGAAUGGCAUAAUGAAGGACACACUGCGGGACUGCGACGAGGAAUCCACCUGUUACAACACCGUCAUCUCGCCUAUCUACUUUGUCUCCUUUGUGCUGACUGCCCAGUUUGUCCUUGUGAAUGUGGUGAUUGCUGUGCUUAUGAAGCACCUGGAGGAAAGUAACAAGGAAGCUAAAGAGGAAGCAGAGCUGGAACUGGAGCUGGAAAUGGAAAUGAAGACAAUCACCCCGGGUCAGCACCCAUCCUCUGAUGCAUUCAUGUGGACAGGCAUUACUGCAGGAGAAAGGCCUGACAGCCCUGGAGGAUAUGCUAAUCCCAUGCAAAUCAAGGUGGAUUCUCAGCUCUCAUUGGUUCACCCUAUGGAAAGACACUUGUUUGAUACCAUAUCACUGCUGAUCCAGGAAUCUUUGGAAGGAGAGUUGAAGCUGAUGGACAACCUGUCAGGCUCUGUGUGCCAUCAUUAUGCCCUUCCAACUACUGAAAAUUACAACUCUGAGAAACAGAUCCCUCUAGCUGAGAUGGAGGCUCUGUCUCUGACGUCAGAUAUUCUCUCUGAAAAUUCCUGGUCCUUAGCUCUGACGGAUGACUCUUUUCCUGAUGAUAAUAACACACUGUUACUUAAUGCCCCGGAAAGCAAUACUGAUCUACCCUCCAGGAAUGACCCUGUGACUCUCUCUCCGAUCAAGGACCUGCUGAGUGUGAGGAAGUCUACCGUGGGCCGCACCCAUUCUUUGCCAAAUGACAGCUAUAUGUUCCAGUGUCCCGAUACUGGCACCUGUAAUGUUUCCUCUAAAGAAAAGAACUCAUCCCAUCAAAAAUCUCAGUCAGGUUCAACAACAUCAGUGCAGUCUCAACCUGCAAACUUCGACGCUCUCCUGCAAAUUCCAAGAGAUUUCUUCCAGCCCCUCAAGCCCCACUGCAGUCUAGACUGGAAAUCCAAAAACAAAUCCAAAGCCCCCCCAUCUCUGCAUUCUCCCUCUGCAGAAAGGUUACUUCGCAGACAGAUGGCAAUAAGGAAUGACUCUUUGGAUACCCACAGCUCAGAAAGCAGAGAGAACAUCCAUGCUGAGGUGAGUGAACUCUCUGAUCCAAAUUUGUCAGCUCCAUCCACCGAGGAUCUGUCUGUUACUCUAAGGCCCUCAGAAGCACGAGAAUCAGCUAGCUGGGGGCGAUCAAGUGUUCACACUCAACAACAUUCCCUCAAUCAGUAUAACAUUUCCAAGCACGUGCCGGAUUUGUGUGCCUGUAUGGACUCCCUUCAAGAACUACCUGGAGACCCGAUGGACCAAGAAGUAUCAGAAAUAAACAGCUCUUUUACUUCAGGAACAUGUUCUGCCAUGAGUGCCUCUUCAGUGGUUCAACCGGAGACCCCUAAGAGAAAUGUAGGCAACAGUGGCAAUGUGACUUUGAAGGACCUGAAGAAAUGCUAUAGUGUAGACACGCAGGGUCUUCUUAAAAAACCUUCAUCUUGGUUAGAUGAUCAAAGGAGACAUUCCAUAGAAAUUUGUUCCAUGGAAAACAGCCCUCAGCAUCAUUCCACAUCUAGCUCUUCUGGCUUCAUAAGUCAGGUCUUAAGUGAAAUGGAAGGCUUGCAAGGAACACGACAAAAGAAAAAACUGAGUCCCCCCUGUAUAUCAAUAGAACCACCCGAUGAACAGAAUUUGUUACGGAGGGGAUCAUGCACUGCAUCAUCUCCCAGUGCAGAUGUUUGCUUGCGAAGGCGCGCGCCAUCUUGGGAUUCCAAGGACUCCGUAGAGGCAGGGGACUCAGCACUUCCAGACAGUCCGUCCAUAUCUCCAACCCCAAAGAAAGACUUGUUGACGCUUCCUAGUUUUUCCUUGGAUCAACCAGAUGCAGAUCCUUGAGUUUGUUGGU